AUGAGUACAUCCGCUCCAAACCAAGCAUUCACAAUCAACAAUGUCCACGUAUUUGCUGGCAACGGCUUUAGCGAGCUACAGACAGUGUAUAUCUCCGGCGGCGUCAUAACUGCCUCCGCCGACGAUGCACAAACCACCAUUGAUGGCGAUGGCGGAUUCCUCAUUCCCGGCCUGAUAGACGCACACAUCCACCUAAACACGCCACACGAGCUGCAGGUGAUGGCUCGACAUGGAGUGACGACCGGACUGGACAUGGCCACCUGGCCACCCUCGAAGAUCGAGGCCCACCGCGGUUUUCCCGGAAGCACUGCCAGCGAUUUCCGGACACCUGGCCAACCGGCAACAUCACGUGGAAGCAUGCACGCGGCGAUCCUCCCACUGCCUCCGACGUCGCUGGUGUCAAGCCCCGAAGACGCAGUGCGCUUCGUCUCGGAGCGUGUCGCCGAGGGAGUGGACUACAUCAAGAUGAUUGCGGACGACCCGGGCCCGGACCAAGCGACGCUAGACGCCAUCGUCACCGAAGCACACAUACACGGCAAACUCGUCGUUGCGCAUGCUGCAGCCCUCCACGCGUUCCACAUGGCGCAAGACGCCGCGGCAGAUGUGAUCACGCACGUGCCCUGCGAUGGAGUCCUCGACGACGCAGCAUGCAUGCGCAUGGCUCGCGCGGAGAAACAGAAAGUCGCUGUCCCGACCCUCACGAUGAUGAAAGCCACCACUGGCGCCAUGGGCUGGCGCGGAUUGCUGACGAUGCUGCUUCAUCCAUUCGUCCUGCUCGAAGUCAUCAAGGCCAAGCGGCUGAAGCGCCAUGGUGCCGGGAAACCACACUAUGAGAAUGCGAGAGCGUCGGUGACUGCCUUGCACUGCGCUGGAGUGCCUAUCUUGGCCGGCACGGAUGCACACGUCGAGCCGACUAGCCCCGUGGAGGUGAAGCACGGAGAGGCGCUGCAUCAGGAGCUUGAGCUACUGGUGGAGGCGGGACUGUCGAAUCUAGAGGCCUUGCGCGCGGCGACAUCGCUGCCGGCGAAGUAUUUCGGAUUAAGUGAUCGGGGCGUCGUUGAGGUUGGCAUGCGUGCGGACUUGGUGCUGCUGAAGCAAGAUCCGAUUCGGGAUAUUAGCAAUACUAGGUCCAUCAGCAGGGUGUGGUGUGCUGGUGUACCUGUUCAGCUUGCGUAG